AUGCUGCUCCGCCAACCUGCAGUAACGGGAGGCUCUGGAAGUACAUACAUUUACGGUUAUUUCGAUCGCGAAUAUAAACCAAACAUGAAACAGGAGGAUUGUGUUAACUUUGUUGCAACAGGUGUUUCGCUGGCUAUUAACCGAGAUGGUUCAAGUGGAGGCUGUGUCCGACUUGCUAUCAUCACCUCUGACGGUGUGGAACGACGGUUGAUUAAAGGCAGUGAUGUUCCGACGUACACCUUGAAUCGUUGA